CCGGACACGCCCUUCCGGCGCGACACUGCGCCCUUCCUGCCGCCCCGCCCCCCCGCGCUCCGCAGCCAAUGAGCGCGCGAGGCGACAGUGACGGGGGCGGGGCCGGCGGGCGGUAGCUGUGCGAUGGCGGCGUACCCGGGGCAGGGCUUCCCCGGCGCAGGACAGGCCCCCGGCGCGCCCCCGGCCGGCCCCUACCCCGGGGGUCCCUACGGACAGCCCCCCCCCGGGGGUCCCUACGGACAGCCCUACGGCGGCCCCCAACCCGGGCCCUACGGAGGGGCGGCUCCCGCAGGUAAUGCCCCCCCGGGUGUGGACCCGGAGGCCUUCACCUGGUUCCAGGCGGUCGAUGCCGAUCACAGCGGGUACAUCUCCGUGAAGGAGCUGAAGCAGGCACUGCUCAACUCCAACUGGUCGACAUUCAACGAUGAGACCUGCCUGCUGAUGAUAAACAUGUUUGAUAAGACCAGGUCGGGACGCAUAGACGUGUAUGGCUUCUCAGCUUUGCUGCGCUUCAUCCAGCAGUGGAAGAACCUCUUCCAGCAGUACGACAGGGACCAGUCAGGCUCCAUCAGCUUCAACGAGCUCCAGCAAGCUUUCUCCCAGAUGGGCUAUAACCUGAGCCCCCAGUUUAGCCAGCUGCUGAUGGCCCGCUACGCCCAGCGAUCCUCCAACCCCAGCAUCCAGCUCGACCGCUUCAUUCAGGUCUGCAUGCAGCUCCAGAGCAUGACCGAUGCUUUCCGCGAGAAGGACACGGGGCUGGUGGGCAACGUGCGGCUGAGCUAUGAGGACUUCCUCACAAUGGUUGUGACUCGCAUGAUGUGAUGCUCUCGGCGGAGGGCUGGGAGCUGGCUGGGAGCUCUGCGGGGCUCUCUGGAAGCAGCAGCCAUCCUCAGCCUCAUGCUGGGAUGUGGCUGAGCCUCCCAAAGAGUGAGCUGUUUGCCCGGCCAGCUUUCCAGCCUGCUGCUGAGUAGCCCACAGUGCUGCUGGGGCCCUCCCAGCUUCAAUUCCCUGUCCCCACUCAACGGCAGUGGGUGUCUCCACGCCAAACUGGAACCCGGUUCUGGGGCCAUGCCACAGGGUGGGACAGCCAAACCAGUUGCCUGUGCCAUGCCUCCCAGGGAGUGCUUCGAUCCCUUGCCAGACACAAAAUGAUAUUUCAGUCCCACCUGGCCUGUCCCUCUGCUUGGCGGGAUGUCUGCAGUGGAACAGCCCUGUCUCAGCACACUUCUGGAGGUUCUCUGGUGACCAAGAGCUGAGCCUUCAUUAGAAAAGCAGAAGGAAGGGCACAAGUGAUGGCAGAGCUCAUCCUUCCUUGCCUCGCAGACUGCCCCUCCUCGCUGGGAGCACAUCCAGUCCCUCGGCCGUGCUGGAAAUGCUCCGGCUUUCCCGGGGUCUGAGCCCUGUUUCUCUCCGGGCUGCUGGAAUGGGCCACAUUGCUGCUGCAGUCCCACACAGAUCGUCAACCUCCCUCUUGUUGCCAAUCUCUGUUUUGAUUCACAUCUUGCCUGCUGGAGCCAAACUCAGAAACAGUUUAGAGCUUAUUUAUACAGCGUUUGAAUUAAAGGCAAUGUGCACUGGC